CUGUCUUAUCUUUUCGACUCAUGGGAUCAGGCUGGCAGAAAAUAUAAUCUUGCCACAGCCACAGCUACAUCCAUUCAUCCUCCAAAAAAUGCCACAAACGUAGAGCUCACCAGUAAAUAUUGAACCAAAGCUACCAAUGCGUUGCUAAUCUGUCGGCGAGUAUUCAGUCAGUCCACCUCCAUAUACUGAGCAACCGAACUCGAGAUUAAUCGUCACAGCAAAAUCAUGGACGCAAUAGCGUCGAUCUCCAUCCAUGAGCAUCAAGAUCUAGAGACAUGGUGCCAUGGUGCAUGCGUAGGCAAACAACUCGAUCGGUUGUUGGAUGCAUGUCCGCCGUACUGAUGAAAUCCUCUCGAUUUAUGACGACACACGCGUGAAGAAUAAGAACACCCAGCAGAGGCCCCGACAGACAACUGAGCUGCAAAGUUAGCCUCUGAGGAGCGAGGACAUCGAUCCACCUCCCUCUCCUAGCAGAAAUGGCGGUGGUGGAGAUCCUCGAGUCUUGCAUGGUGACGCCCAGCGACGCGGCCACGCCCAAGCAUGGCGUGUGGCUCUCCAACCUCGACCUCCUCGUGGCCAGGAGCCACACGCCCACCAUCUACGUGUACCGACCCAGCCCGGGCCGGGCCUUCUUCUCGCCGGACGUCCUCAAGGCCGCCCUGUCCCAGGCGCUACGGUACUACCCCCUCGCCGGCCGGUUAGGGCUUGACGGCGCUGGCCGCCCGGAGAUCCACUGCACCGGCGACGGCGUGCUCUUCGUCACCGCGCGCACCGACGCCGCCCUCCAAGACCUCGGAGGCUUCGUCCCGUCCGACGAGCUGCGGCGGAUGCUUGUCCCCUCGGCCGACGGCGGCGGCGACGAGCGUGCCGGCAUUCUGGCCAUGUUCCAGGUGACGUUCUUCAAGUGCGGCGGCGUGUGCGUCGGCGCGGCGAUCCACCACAUGGCGGCGGACGGCCUCGCGGCGCUGGACUUCGUCAACACGUGGGCCGCCAUCGCGAGAGGCGCCGGCGGCGAGGCCGCGCCGCGCCGCCCUUGGCUGGACCGCACGCUCCUCCGCGCGCGCUCCCCUCCCGACGUGCGCUUCGACCACGCCGAGUACUCCCGGCGCGGAGGCGGCGGUUCGAAGGCCCCGUUCGACUCCGCCAUCCUGCCCGUGUCCAGGGCCCAGGUCGACGCGCUCAAGGGCGGCAAGAAGCUGUCCACGUUCAAGGCCGUGGUCGCCCACGUGUGGCGGUGCGCGUGCAGGGCGCGGGGCCUCGCGGCGGCGGAGGACACCCGCCUGUACAUGACCGCCGACGCGCGCUCCCGCGUCACCCCGCCGCUCCCCGACGGCUACCUCGGCAACGCCAUCUUCCGCGCGUCGGCGGUGGCCAAGGUGGGCGACGUCGUCUCCGGGUCUCUCGACGCCGCCGCGGACAUGAUCUCCGGCGCCACCGCCCGGCUGGACGACGAGUACGUCCGGUCGCUGGUGGACCACCUGGAGCAGGUGGUGAGCGACGCGGCGGGCCUGCGCAAGGGGGAGUGGGUCAUGCCGGAGACAGACCUGUGGGUGAUUAGCUGGCAGGGGCUGCCGAUCUACGACGCGGACUUCGGCUGGGGCCGGCCGGCGUUCAUGAGCCGGGCCUGCCUCCAGUUCAGCGGCCUCGUGUACCUUGUGCCCGGCCCGGACGGCGACGGCCGGCUCGACGUCGUGGUGGCCAUGGAGCCCAAGAGCCUAGCCCGGUUCAAGGAGCUGCUCUACGAGGACCUCAAGUAGCUGUGGGAGCAGACCAUGAAAUGAAAUGUAUCUGCUGGACUUAUUCUUCGCAUUGCGUUUCUGUAAUUUUUUUUCCUACUAGCAGUUUGUGCUGGCAUCUGCGUAGCAGUAGCAUGUUGUACGGUGCUAGUGCUGCAUUUGACGACAAAAUAAAAGUCCAACCGAAUCCAAGUGACCAAGUGC